AUGGCAAAGGCUGCGGACGACCAAGGCUUGCUCGACCAACCGGAGACCGAAACGGCAGCCCCGAGCUCUGCUCCCACUUACAAGCUCAUCUUGGUGCAAGAGCCGACUACAGGCUCAGCAUUUGAAGACAACCUGCUUGGACGCAUCGGAUUGGCGCCUCCGUUGAUCCUCGAAUUAAGGAUGACCAAGGACGGCCGAAUCGAAGAUCCGUCAGCCGAGCUGCCUUUCCUGAUUUGCCAAUGUUCGCUGCUCAACGAAGACGGCUCCGUAGCCGACAUGGUGGAUCAAAUGAGUGCAGCUCCAGCAAUACCAUCGAGUCUGAUGCCUCCUACGUCUGCACGUCGGAGGGGUCGCCGAACAAGCUCAAAUCGAGGCGGAAGCUCACCUUUGGGCGCCUCGACCAGGUCGUCUGGCUCGAUUGGGGCUUCGACUGCUUCUUCGCAGGCUGAAGCAAGCUCUUCUGCUCCUUGGGUGGGCCAAACAUCGUCUUCGAUGGUUCGAAUGCUCUACGGAACUGUCGUGGCAGGAGCGCAAUCCUUCAGCUCGGUUCGCGCAGAAGAAGGUGAAAAGCCGUUCUUCUUCUUCCCCGAAAUCAGCGUUAGGACACCAGGAGUGUUCAAGAUCCGAUGUCGGCUAAUGCGUCUCGCUCUUCCUGGCAUCGACCCUACACAGACCGGCGUGCUCGCAUCAGUGGAAACACAGACAUUCCAAGUCCUCCAACGCAGCGAAUAUACCGCCCCUUACAUCACCGACAUUUCGCGUCACUUUGCGCGUCAAGGUGUACCGCUUCUUCUUCCUCCCGGUGUUUCGGCGGAUUAG